CGCAUUGAUACUUUCACUUCUGAUUUUUACCCCUCCUCCCCAUCCCCCGCCCCUCACCCACUGACUUCCACCAUAACACAGCCAACGUGAGAAACUUCAGUGGUCUAUGGAGGAAGCAUUUGUUAGCAAGCUAUAUCAAAGAAGAACAUCAGCAAUGGUUUUAACGUGCAUCGUGCCGGGUUGUGGCAACAAACCCAGGGUUUACAGCCCCGUGGUGUUUCACACCAUUCCAAUUCAUUACAAACGGCGGAGAGUUUGGCUGGCAGCUUUAGAGUUGGACAUAUCAACUCCGUUGGAUGUUGUGAGGACCUGGAGAGUGUGCUCCGAACAUUUCACAGAUGAGGACUACACCGAGACUGGAAAACGGCUAAAAGACACUGCUACACCGUCAAUCCAGAAAUUGCGCAUCCAAUACAGAGAGGCUCCGGUCAACAUUGUGCCUGAUGCUGAGCCAGCCUCUCCUCAGUCGGUGUCCUCCUCAACUGGUCCGUCCUCUCCCGUCUCCACGCCAACCGUUACUGCCAGUGACGCUGAGAGCCGUCCAAGCCUCCCACUGACCACAGUGAAGGAGGAAGGUGGCAGUGCAGCAGUGUGUGGAGCUGUUUGGAACUCACACACUCACACGGGAUCUAAUCACACGCCUCUUACACACACCCAUGAAAGGGAACACUCGUACACUGAGGGCAGAAGAACGCGAUUCCUCCGCUCUGAGAAGAUUAGUUUGCAGGAGGAGGUGACUGUUCAAGUGUCCUGUCUGCUGCAGCUGUUUGACAGGUGUUUGGGCUGCAGUGCGGGGUCGUGUAGUGUCUUGACGCGGCGUGAUGGACGUGUUUUCCACGUGACUCAGCAAUGCUGGACCUGCCAAAUCAUCAUGGAAUGGGACAGUCACACAGCUGACUCAGGCACAGCCAACAAGCAACAGGAGGGAAGAGGAGAUGGAGGAGUGGUGGAAAUCAAGGAGGAGUGGGAGGAGAUCCAAGUCCAGGAGGAGGAGCAGCCCAGAGAGGAGCAGCGCGGGGCAGGCAGGAUGAGAAAGGAGGGAGUGGAGGAGCAGACUUCCCUGGACACUCUGGAGGAAGAGGAGGACCGUGGCGAUGAGGAUGAAGAGGAUGAGGUGGAGGGAGAAGACGGUAUGUCUGGGAUGCGGCGUGGGAGGAAGAGGAAGAAGAUGCAGGAUAUCAACGAAGAUGAUGAUGAUGAAGAUGGUGAAGAGUAUGAGGAGGGAGAGGAGGAGGCACAGUGGCAGGAGAAGAAGGCCAAGAAGAAGAGGGAGGAGAUUGACGAGGACUGGGCUCCGGAAGAUGACCAGGUGCUUCCGGAAUCGGAACGCCGUUCCUCCUGUUCUGAGGAGUAUGAUGAUGAUGGUGUUGAUGUUGAAGAUUGGGAGUGGGAGCUGUGCUCGGACUGCGGAAAAAAGUUCCGGAAUCGACCGGACAAACCGCACGUCUGCCUCCACAAAGCCAAACCAGUGGAAUGCCACAUAUGUGGCAAAAGAUGCCUCAACCAACAGGGUCUCAGUGUCCACAUAGCCCACUGCCAUGAACGAGGACCCCAGUGCAAGUACUGCAACAUGAUACUCAGGCUCACAGACGAAAAACUCCAUCACGAGGAGACGUCCCAUCGGGACGAGGAGGGCCCCAAGUUCCGCUGCGCCGACUGUUCCGAGCGUUUCCAUGACUACGAGAGCCGAGCCGCCCACCGGAAGACGGCGCACCCCCCCAACACCAUCUGCCCCUACUGCGACAGGAAGUUCAAGAACGAAUGUCAUCUAAAGAGACACAAGCUGAUACACACGGGAAAGAAGCCCUUUGCCUGCAGACUGUGCGACCGUUCGUUCAACCAAGACGGCCACCUGAAGUCACACAUGCGCCUACACACGGGAGAGAGACCCUUCAAGUGCCCGCAGUGUGAGAGGAGCUUCAACCACAACGUCAGCCUCAAGAACCACCUCCAGCGACACCAUGGAGCCAAGACUGGCCCAGCUCAACAGGAGACUUCCGGCACGCAGCAGGACGGUUCUAGAACUGACCAAAGUUCCGGAACAUUGCAGCAGACUUUGCUGAGCAGGCCUGAGGAAGAUGCUAAUAGUAAUCAGAACUCUAUAACAUGUUCUAGAACUGACCAAAGUUCCGGAACAUCGGAGUAGACUUUGCUGAAGAGCCCUGAGAGGACACACUAGCUUGUUCUUGAACUGAAACCGAUAUGAAAAAUCUUGAAGGUGCCGGAGGGUUCAGUCAAAUGUUCUGGAACAUAAGACUGGAUCAUGGUAACUGAGUACACCCCCCUUUUGUCUGUUCCUGUUUUUGAACUGGCUCUCCAGCUUUUGUAUAAAAUACUGCAUUGCAACCUCUCA